CGACCAUCACUCUGCCUUCAGGGGUCUAGCAGAGCCACAAAAAAGACUGAAAAAGAUAGUCAUUCAAAAUUCCACUGCAGGACAGUUCGCACUAAGAAUUUCAGUAGUCCACUUUUGCAUAUCGGAAGCAUGACAAAUUUGUUUGGAUCGAUCUCAAGGUUGAGCUUAUGCGAAUCUGAAUGUGAAUCCGGUAGCACGAAUUCAACACGUGAUUGUGCAAAGCCGAACAACAGGUGACUGCAACCCAAAACGAGACGCCCAUAAAAAAAACCUGUCCAUCCAGAGUCCACUGACUAAUCACUUAUUGCUGGUUAUCCAUCUCUACAGAAAUCCUUAAGAGCUCAUAAUGGCUACAGAUAAUGAUAUUUUGGAUAUUAUAAAGGCAAUUAAACGUGAUGAAAAUGAUACCUCAGUUGAAUUUCCUUUUGAGCGAAUUUCACGUUUGCUUCUUGAUGAAAAAGGUCUUCCAGAUGCCCUGGUUGAAUGUAUUGUAAGUGCUGCCUUCGAUCCAUCACUUAUAAGGCUGAAAGGUUUUGAGUUGUUAUUUCCUGGUCUUUGGAAAUGUGCGUUUCUAAGAGCAUCAGAGGUAAACUGGAGAUCAUCGCAAGUGUUUCCUGUGUUGAAUCAAAUUGUACGGUUCAACUCUUUUGUAGACUUCGCUGACCAGUUUGCAUCUAUCCUAGUCACUUCAGUUGAAAAAGCCUCUAAAUUAUAUAUGUUCGACGCGGAUUGUAUUUCGUUUUUAGAUGCACUUUUACAGUUUGGCAUGAAACACAAUGUUGACUUGAAUGAUGCCCUUUUAAAAAGCGUCAUUAUUUGUGGUAAUGAAUUCGAUUCGUCAUGUAAGGAUGACUCACUGUGGAAUCGGUUGAUUUUAAUAAUAAAGUUGAUAAACUUAAUGAAAUCAGUCGACGUUACUAACAAUUUGUUGGAAUCGCUGAAACAACCGAUUUCAUUUUGCUUGGACUGCUUGAAGACUAAAAGAUUUUCCAGCAUGAGUAAACAGUUCUGUCUUGUCCUUCAGUUUUUGGCUGCUUUGACAACUUUGUAUCAGUCGCUUAAAUGGUUAGAAGAUUUUUGCUGUAAAUCUAAUAACGGUGAACCAUUUAUAUUAAUUGUUACCACUGUCAUCAUUGAACUGCGUCUGUAUCUGGCUUACCGAUUGUCACCUAACAGAUAUAAGAGCAUUUAUAAACAACAGUCAUUUGUGGAGUUGAGUACUCGGAGUAGUACUGUACACCGCUUUCCUACAGAUAUCAUGGUUGACGUGUUAUGGCACAUUUUAUUAGAUGUUCAACGUUAACUCCGCUAAAUUUUGUGUCCAAGUGAUUCUCACCGACUAUGCUUCAUUUGUUCAUCAGAAUCAUAUUCCUUACAUGGUUAUUCAGUUAAGUUAAUAAUUACUGAACCUUUUUUAGAUGCUCUAAAAUUUAGUCAAGAAAUACGAAUUUUGUUUUGGAAGUAUCCGUUCCAAAGUCAGAAAAUAACCUGUAUAUGUUUGGAAAAUCAUCAUUUAGGCUGGUGUAGCAAACUAUUCCCAGAUAUUUAAAAAGUUUUAAUAUUUUUUGAAUCAAAAAAUGGUUUUAAAGAUUACAGGUUAAAGCCGUAAUAGAACAUUGAUCUUCAAACUUUGAAGUUUCAUUAGCUUUAAGGUUGUUUUUACGGGUUAGAGUUAUUAAUCUCACACACAACUUUCCCUCUUUCCCAGACUUACUACUGCUGGCUAGUAAAGCAAGAGUGUGUCAGCCGGGAAUUGAACACCAGAGCCUUGAUUAUGGAUGGUAAAUCGUAAUUGAAAACCUGAUGCGGUCUUACUGUUCUGUAUUAAACAAACAAAACUUAACACGGUAAUUGCGUAAAAGAUGGAGUGUCUAUUGGUAUUAGUGUAGAUAGUAGCUUUUGUUUUUUGUCUGUUUUUUUGACUAAUUAUUGAAGAUUUGUGAACAGGGUAGGAGGGGGUGGGUUGAAGAGACCAGAAUCUAGAAGUGGACCUUUAGCUGAUUUAUAAAAGACUUGGAAGAAUUGCAGCAAGAGUAAUUUUCUAAAGCUACUACAACAGUUGUUUGUUAUACUUGCUAUACUUUACAUUAUGUCUUUCUCAGCUUUAUUGCUUUCUGUAGUAUAAUAUGCAUACCUUUCAAUUUUACUUUAAAAGCAUCCUUUAAUAAUUAAGCGCAAUAUAUCGGAAGCAUGUGCCGUCAUUUUUCAAUACAGCUUAAAAGAAAUAGAAAAAGGCAAUAACACUGUCGAUGUAAGUGCUCUCAUUUGUAUACAAGUAUGGAUUUUUUUCACUUAUUUGUGUUCUCUGAGCUGGUUGAUUUAAUUGCAAAGCUUUCAUUGUCCUUCUAGACAACACCUUCAAUGCAAGCUUUUAUAUGAAGUGAACUUGUUAGAAUUUUCCAUAGUUGUAUCUCGUGAUAACCAUUAUCGUGAUCGGUUGUUAAUUUACAUUUAUAUUGGUCGGUCAUAUUUAUUGACUUAGAAUUCGAACUUUCUUGUCAAGUGAUUUAUUUUUCAUUAGUUGUUAAACUUAAUCUACGG